CUAGAAUCCAUGUCCUUGUCACAGUGCCUGAAUCAUAAUUCCAACUUUGGCAAUCAAGAAAAAAGGGUAUCACCUAGGUUUCACUCUAUGAAGUAUGAGUUACCUGAUGGGGGCAAUUUUUUGGGAGGGAGAAGACUGUUAGGCAUGUGGAGGAUGGGAGUUCUUUGUUCUAUGAUGCAAUGAUGACCUCAGGGUAAACUGCCAGCAGGCUGAGGAAAAUGGAAUGGCUGCUAGAGGACCUGUUUGGGGCUGAGGGGGCCAUGGGGCUUCUCUGGGGCCAGCUGGCCCAUGUCCUGGCCUGCAGGUACUGUGGCAGCAGCUGCCUCGAGAGUCCAGGGAAUCUGGUGAUACUAUUCUUGUUCAUGGUUUGGCAGAUCCGGAGGUGGUGGCAGCUUCAGCCCUGGUACUCUGGGGACAUGAUGCAAGGCAAGGGCCUACCAUUUAUGUACCUUGUGGCUUUCCUUGAUUAUCUGUGGAAGCAGAAGUCAGAGAAGGAGGGGGAAAAGGAAGAAGAGGAAGAUGACGUCACAUCUCUGGAUUCAUGUUCUCUUCUCAAAGAAGCUCCUGUUGGACAGCAAGCCACCACAACCCCAUCCCAGUUAUCCUGUGUUUCUGAGGGCCUCCACAAGGCCAUUGCGACACCAGAGCAAGGACUCACACAGACCCCAAGCCCUUCCAAAUCCUUCCCCACCUUUCAAAUCCUGACCAACCUGCCUGUGAGGCACAAGACAUCAGGAAGCCAUCUGCAGCAGAGAAAAAGUCAGUUCUUCUGGGGUCUCCCCUCUCUGCACAGUGAAUCCUUGGAGGCCAUCUUCCCAAGCUCAGGUGGCCCCUCUCCCCUGAAGUUGUCUGUUGGUCCUUCUAUCUUCUUCAACAAGCUUGUCUUCCUGACUAGGUCCAACCUGCUUCUUCCACAGUAUUGCUCCCCAACCCAGCAUCCCACCCAUGAAGUCCAUACUACGAAAGAUCUGGAAGGGAUGGCCUGCGGUUUUCAGCAACUUCCUCCACUGUCUUCCCUUCCUGUCCCGUCACUAUCCCUCUUUCCCAUGGACCACAAAGGAGUCCCAUCUGAUGCUGAGGUACAUACACAGUGCCUUCCACAGCAGAGAGAGGUCCCUGGGGUCUCUGAGGAUCAAGCACUGCACCCACUGCCUGAAUUCCAAAGGACCAGACCUUUCAAGCUCUUCUCAUCUGAGGUCUGGCUGGGGAUGCGAUGGGAUCCCAGCAUCCAGAGACACAGUCUAGAUUUACUUCCUGCCUCUCUGCUGUAUCCCUCUACCGUUCUGGGAGUCCUGACUAGGUUUGAGGCCCCUUGGGAGACAAAUGAGUAUCCCAAAACCUUUGAGCCAGCAAUAUCAGCUCCCAGUCCAACCUCAGCCUCCUUGCCAGAACUCCAGGGAGUCAGCCCUAUAGGAGGCCUAUCUGGACUGAAGGUCUUCUGGAAAACCACAAGGCAGAGAGAGAGUCCUCAGACCUCUGAAACACCAAUCCUAAUCCCUUGCCAAUCUGUAACUCCCAAGACAAAGCCUCAAGGAACUGGUAGCCCUCUAAGAGCUCCAUCUCUGGCUCUCAGCCCACCCCUAGCUCUUGUUCUGGAGCUGCUCAGAGUUAGCCCCACGGAGAUCCUGAUAGAUUCUGAAGCUAGAAGUGGGGACAUACAAAGGAGAAAGAACUCCUGGGCCUCUGAGCUCCCAACUGGAGUCAGCCCCUUGAGAGUCCUUUCUGACUCUGAGCCUCUUGGGGUAGACAUGGAGCAGAAGGAAAUCUGUUGUGUGCCUGCCUCCCCAAUGUGGGGCCCCAGCCCAUCCCCAAACUCUAUGUCGAAGUUGCUUGUCAGUGGGCUUAUCAGAGACCAGUGCAGCUCUAAGCCUGAGGGAGAAGCAAUAGAGCAGAGAGAAAACUGCUGGGCCACUGAGCUCCUAGCCCUAACCCCCAGUUCAUUCUCUGCUCCUUUACCAGAUCCACACAUUGACCUUGAGGUCAUGUGCAGGAAUGUGCAACAAAGAGGGUACCCUCAGGGCCCCAGCCCUCCAGCAGCAGAUCCCCUGCAGCCAAUACUCUGGCUUCCCACCCUAGCUGAAGCUCUGAAGAUCAAGCCCAACCAGCCUGGCUUACUCAAAGGAGAGCUAUUCCCAGGGGCUAAGGCAGAGAUUUCAUCCUUCCAGGGAGAGGCUGUCCUAGAGAUGCCCAUACAUUCUGGGAGCCAGGCCUGGCACUGGAGUAGAGAGUUGGAACUCAAACUGAAGAAACUGCAGCAGAACCCUACUUCCAGAUCCUUUGGUCCAAGUCAACCAUUUGGCAGCUCCCCUACCCUGAGCUCCACAACUCUAGGCACCUGGAGACUCUCUUCCUGCCCCCCACCGAAGCAUCUCCACAGUCUGCACCCCGACUCUUCAAGCUGCCAUCACCUGAAAGUUCAGAGCACAGUAACUCAGCCUGUGCAGGCCUCUCACUGUUAUCACUCCCACUCCUCUUCCCAGCCUCAGCCACGAGGGUCUGGCAGGGCAGAACAAAGAUCUGAGAGAGAGAAAAGAAUGGAGAUGAUGGCCCAGGUCUCAUCCCAGGGGCAAUGCAUUCACAAUGGGACUGGUGAGAACUGCCCAGGCCAGGGACAGCCCUCAAACCCUGAGGUUCCAGCUUCAGGCAAGACACAGGACAAGACUCUAGCCCUCUCUUCAAUUAAAAAGAGAGACAGCCCCUGGAAACCCAAAGUAGAAGAUCACGGAGGAGGUGACAUAAGAUUAGAGUCAUCAACAGUUACACGGAAGAGUCACCCAGCCCAGGCCAGACUAGCUGAUGCCUCAGUAAGCAGACUUUCCCAAAAAUCUCAGCAUAGCCACCAGAGCUCUCGACACAGUGCUCUCCCACAGCAACGUCACUCUAAGGCUGCAGGUCCCCAAGAUCGGCAAGGGGCAGGGCUGGGAGCUGGUGACACCCUGACCCCUCGGCACUGUAAGCACUACUCUUGGGCCCACAUGGAGAAGCACCUCUCCUCCCCUACACCUCAGGCUUCUCUUAUCAAGGGUCUGCAAAAGAUUUUUGCCAAGUGUCUGGGUAUCCAUGGACCCUUGUCCCCUAAAUCCCGUGAGGAAAAGCUGGUAGUACUGGCACCCAGUAACUGGAGAUCUGAAGCCAAACCAUUUGGGAGGUGUGGAGACAAGCAGAGGAAAUCCUAA